CGUGAAGAGAUUCAUUCUCCCUUUGUUGGCAUCUAUUACAAAUUAAUUUGUUAAAAUUUCAUAAUUAACAUAAAAUAAUUAACAUAAGUUUUGGAUGUGUCUUCAAACGCCCUGGCAUUGGAGUUAAAAAUUAUUAAAUAAAUAAAAAUUGGAGUGAAGGAAGUAAUGAAAAAUUUAUUGUUAGCUUGAGUGGAUAAAUCAUUGCUGAGGGACAACUACUUGGUUAUUAGUAUAUGUGAUCGAAAAGACAAUAAGUAGUGUCCACUAUUUAAUAGCCAUAAACAAAAGCGUAUUUUUUCCAUUUCUAUUUUAUUGUACACUUUAGCUACUUUCUCUUUGAAAAACUAAUCUAAUCUCUACAAUCCAAUAUUGGUCUGAGUUCUGCGGCAAGAGAGAUCCCAAUAUUACCAAUACAUAUAUUGGACCAAUAUUAGACUAAAAGCAAAAAUGGGUUAUGAAAUCAAUCGUUUCGUUACAUUCGUUGAUGAACUGCUCUUGUGUGUCAUAUGUAACGACGUCCUAGAAGAUCCUGUAAAAUGUGAUGCGUGUGUGGCUGAUUUCUGCCGUGCUUGUAUAUUGAAAUACUUAUCUGAUCAUUCAAAGUGCCCGGAAUGCAGACAUUCUUUAGUGAAAGAGGAUUUGACAACUUCAUCUCGCGUUGUUCGCAAUAUGUUAGCAGACCUAACUAUUAGUUGUGAGAAUAGAAUUCAUGGAUGUGAAACUCAACUCAAAUUCGAUUCAUUGCAAAAACAUGAGGAUACGUGUGAUAAGAAUCCCUUCCGAUGUCGAAUGGGAUGUGGUUUACUGAUAAAAGAUGACAACCACCACUGUGUGAGUGGCCUACGUCAAAUCUUGGAAAUGCAAGCACAGCAAAUUCAAAAUUUACAAUUAGACCGAGCUCAAUUGCAAUUCGAAACUAAAAUUCUUGUAAAUAAAUUAAAUGCAUUAACCGCGAUAAGGCUUAAACUUCUACAAAAUAGUAUGUUCAAUCCUUUUUUCAAAGUCGGAAUCCUUGCUGCUUCCUUAUUCCUUUAUUUGAAUAAUUUCAUUAAAAGUUUUUACUUGAAAAUUUUUUCGUGAUGCUAUAAGAUGUCAAAUUAAACAU